UGCUGCAAUAUGUCCAGCACCCAGCACCGUGAGUGCUGUGUCCAGUUUUGGGUCACUCUGUUCAAGGAGGACAUUGACUCUGUGAUUCCGAGCUGUGCUUGCCCUGGUGUUGCGUGGGAUGGGCUCAGUGCCCUGCUCUGCAUGGGCUGUGCAUCACAGCACUGCCCAGCACACCCAGGAGAGGCUGGCACUGCAGGGCUCUGCAUCUCUCUGUUCUCCCAGCCUCUCUGCAUGGUCCCCACAUCCCACAGAGCACAGUCCAGUGCUGGUGAUGGGCCAGAGCACAGGCAAAACCAGCCAGGAUCUCACAGCAGACAAGAGCUUCCUUGGGCCUGGCUGCCAGGAGAAUCUGUGGCAAAGCCAAGACCACAGUGUUGAAUACAGAAACCCAGGAUAAGCUCAUCCUUCUCACUCCCCCCUCAGUGGGGACAGCCACCCCUCCACAGACAGAAUAUUGUCUCCUCAGCAGCACCAGAGAGUGACCUGCACAUUUAAGAAGAAGAGUUUAAAAAUCCCUGCCGAGCUCAUCCUGUUUGUGGGAUGGAGCAGCAUCCAAGAUCCAGGUCUCACGGAUCACACAGAGCAUCUACACUGCUGGAGAGCUGGAUCUGCCACUGGGGCACCCCCCAAAACCAGCAGCAACUCAGCAAGGGCAGGAUCAGUCCCUGACACCUUCCCAACUCCCUCCCCCUCUCCGGAGUCCCAGCCAAACAGCCUUUAAUCUGCAGGAAGCCUGGUUUCCCUGGCAGCAGCAUUUCCAAGGUAUUUCGGGCUCUCUUCCCCCGAGGGUCCCGGCGCUCAGGAUGCGCAGCCGCGGGAAGCAGGGCCGGGCUGCCAGGCUGGGGAUGAGCUGCGGGGACUCGAGACCCCGGACCCCCAGGCACAGCUACACCUCGGGCUGCUGCAGGAGCUCGGCGUUCCUCGGGGACCCCCCCUGACAGCACACCAGGACACCUGGGAGGGACAACUGGACCGUGAAUCCAUCCCCUACUCUAGGAGGUUUUAAAGGAGCGUCUCCACACCCAGAACAUCACACCAUGAACGGGUACUUGAACGAAUCCAAUUUCCUGAUGGUGGAGGAGGGCUUCACCACCAGAGACCUCCUGGAGAACCUGCUGGGGGAGCUGUGCCAAGAGAGCCACCAGCAGGCCUUCUUCGUGGCAGACCUUGGGGACAUCGUGAAGAAGCACCUGCGUUUCCUGAAGGCCUUGCCCCGAGUGAAACCCUAUUUCCCAGUUAAAUGCAACGGCAGCGAAGGGGUGAUUCGGCUGCUGGCAGAGCUGGGGGCAGGAUUUGCCUGUGCCAACAAGGCAGAGAUCACCCGGGUUCAAGGCAUUGGGGUCCCAGCUGACAGGAUCUUCUACAGCAGCCCCUGCAAGCAGGUCGCCCACAUCAGGUAUGCUGCAGCCCACGGGGUCAGGCUGAUGGCCUUUGACAACGAGGUGGAGCUGAGCAAGGUGGCCAGGAGCCACCCCCGUGCCAGGAUGUUGUUGGGGAUCACUGCUGACUCCAUCCCUCCUGCCCACCCGAGCAUGACCUUCGGGACCACGCUGAAAUCCUGCCGGCACCUGCUGGAGACAGCGAAGGAACAGGCUGUGGAGGUUGUUGGCAUCAGCUUCCACCUCGGGAGCCGUGGGCUGGAGCCCCAGGCCUGGGCCCAGGCUGUGGCCACAGCACAGCUGGUGUUUGACAUGGGCACGGAGCUGGGACACCCCAUGCACCUCCUGGACAUCGGGGGUGGCUUCCCUGGCACCGAGGACACCAGAGCCCUGCUGGAGGAGAUGGCUGCCGGGAUAAACUCUGCCUUGGAUUUGUACUUCCCCGAGGGCAGCGGGGUGGACAUUGUUGCCAGGCCUGGGCGUUACUAUGUCACCUCUGCCUUCACCUUGGCUGUCAGCAUCACUGCCUUGGAGGAGACCCCCAUGGAGCAGCCUGGCUCUGACGAGGAAGAGUGUGGCAGCAAGAAGAGCCUGGUCUAUCACCUCAGUGAUGGCAUCUACGGUGCCUUCAGCUGCCUCCUGUUCGACAGCCCCUGCCCCAGGCCACGGCUGCACAAGAGGCCGUGCCCAGAGCAGCCCUGGCACAGCAGCAGCCUGCGGGGCCCGCCGGGGCCCGGCGAGGAUCGCAUCGCCGACGGGCUGGAGCUGCCCCAGCUGCACGUGGGGGACUGGCUGCUUUUUGGGAACAUGGGAGCCUACAGCAUGCCGAGCUCAUCCCUGCUCACCGCGGCUCCCCAGGCACGGGUCACCUACGCCAUGUCCCGCGUGGCCUGGAAAGCUGUCCAGCUCUUCCAGGGAAAGCCACCCCAGGCAGAAGAUGACCGUGAGAGCCUCUGCAUGCCCCUGUCCUGUGGCUGGGAGAUGGCAGAGACACUUUGUGUCACCCCUGUCUUCGCUCCAGCUGGCAUCAUCUGAGCAGCGCUGGGGAAGGAGCCACGGUGGGAAAGGUCCUGUGGUGGAACUGCCAGGGGAAAUGUCCCAGAAUGGGAUUGGGGUGGGAGAAAUCCCAUGGCAGAAAUGUCCCAUAAUGGUAUCAGGGUGGGAAAAAUCCCAUUGUAAUACCAGGGGAAAUGUCCCAUAAUGGUAUCGGGGUGGGAAAAAUCCCAUGGCAGCACCAGGAGAAAAAGUCCCACUGUGGUGCUGGAGGGAUAAAAAUCCUACAGAGGGAAAAGCAGGAUUUUUACAUCCUAAAUAUCCACAGUGGUAAAAAUCCCAUGGCAGUACCAGAAGGGAGAUGCCCUGUGGUUGUCCCAGAGGGGGAAAGGAUCCCGUGGCAGUGCCAGGGAAGGGGAAGAUGCCAUCCUGCCCCUGGCAUUGCCCCGCUCUGCUCUCAUGGAUUUGGAAAUAAAUCCUGUCCAUAAAUCCUGUCCAUAAAUCCUGCUCAUCCA